GAGUGCAUAGGUACUUGUAAAUUCUUAGGUGCUCCCUCCCUCUCUUUCAUUUCUGUACCCUUCUAUCUUGUCUAGUCUCUGAAAACCAACAAUAUUCCCAUCAAUCCAAGAUGCUUAGGAGCGCUACUCCAGACGUGGACCAUCCACAAAAAGCCCUCCAAAUGAAGCAAGAUGACAAGUUUUUCUCCAGGCUUAUGUCCAAAGAGAACUCCAUGGCUAAUCCUUCUUUUAGAGUGUACUAUGGUGGAGUAUCUGUUGCUGUCCCGUUUGUGUGGGAGUCUCAGCCUGGUACCCCCAAGUACACAUUUUGUGAAAAAACACUCCCUCCUCUAACUCCACCUCCCUCUUACUAUACAAAUUCUAAUAAAAAACCCACCAAGAAUCACUCAAGAUCCAAUCUUUUACGCUUCCUGUUCCCAAGGAACAAUCUCAGGAAAACCAAUGUGUCCUCUUCAGCAACCAAUCUGUCAACAUCCCCAUCUUCUGCAUCAUGGUCAUCAUUGACUUCAUCGAGUAAUCUUCGUUCUUUGAGCACUCCAAGAAAGUACCAUGAGAGGAGCGGGUUUUCUAGCCGUGGAUCAUCAUUUGAUUCAUGGGUUUUUGAUGAUUUUGAAGAAUCACACAAUAUGGGAUCAUCACCUUCUUCAAAAUUGUGCUUUGGCAUCAGUGGGAGAAGUACUAGUACUGGUGGGCUUCGAGGAUGCUAUGGUGUGUGGUAAUCAAUGGUUAGUCAACAGUGUUUGAUCUGGCCUAGCUAGGUACUGCCCAGAAAUUCUCAACAUGUUUAUGCUAUAUGUUUUUAAUCUUUGUUGGUCUUAAUUUUUCUAUGGUUGUGUGGCAUGAACAACCAAAACUAAUGAGAUGUAUCUUGAAUGUUGUCAAAAACAUAGCUAGUUUAUUUUGCUAUUGUGAUGUAUCUACUUAAUUCAGCAUCUCAAUUAUUAGAACUUCAUCAUCA